CUUGACUACCUCCGCCGAUCUGCACUCUUUUUUCCUUCAGUCAGUCGUUCUCAUUGUUAAAACACAACACUCUUUGUCCGUUCUUGUUUGUCUAUAGCAGAGCUAUUGUUUAUUAUUACCUUCGUGGAAAUUUUCCCUCAUCCAACCUUUCGUGACCCAUUUCUGUUACAAUUUCAAUAUCUUCAACAUGAUGAUCAAGGCUUCUCUCCUCGCCGUUUGCACUCUCGCCCUAGGCGCAACCGCCAUGCCAUUUCCACAAGCAGGUCAGCCAGCCAUUUGCGCAUCCAAAAUCGAGGCCAUAGUUCCAUCCACCGUCUCCUGCGCCAAUGCCCAAUUCCCAGAAGAAUGCGCAGACUCUUCCCGCGCAGCACCAGCAAUCUCUCGCUCCUUCACCAAGUACGGCAUCAACUCCAAGGGCGAACAGUCCGCUCUCGUCGCCCUCAUGCUCUUCGAGUCUGGAAACUUCACCUUCAACAAGAACCACUUCCCCGGUGUCCCCGGCCAGGGCACCAAGAACAUGCAAUCGCCAGCUUUCAACCUGCUAUACGCGCAGAGCGUCUUCGACAACCACACUGUUGGGUACGCGCAGGCUCAGGGCCCCGAGGCUGUUUUGAGGUUGGUCAGCAACGACAAUGAGUCGUUCGGUAGCGCGGCGUGGUUCUUGAGUUCGCAGUGCAAUCAGACGGUUAGGGACUCGUUGGCUACUGGCACCAAGGAGGGUUGGACUACGUUCUUGACCGGAUGUGUUGGGACGACCGACACGCCGGAGCGUGACGCCGUUUGGGUUGCUACGAAUGCUGUUUUGUAAAAAGAUCAUGGCCGUCUUUGUCGCCACUGCGUUGUGUGGUGGGUUGUUUAAGCGCAGUCGUUGUUUGGAUGAGCGUACAUACAUACCCUUCUUCUCUUCUUCGCCAAUAUCGAAUUGAUUUUCUGUCCGGCUCU